AUGGCGCUGGAGAACUCGGUCUUCCCCUCCCGCCCGGACACCCUCACGCUCCCCGUGGAAGACAAGGGGGAAGGGGAGGAGGUGGAAGUGGCCACCGAGGCCACCGCCUCCACCGGAGUCUUCAACCUAUCGGAGGAGCUGGGCCACGUCGUCACCACGGAGACGGCGCCGUCCCCUCCACCCUUGGCCAAGGUCAGGAGGUCGUUCCAGGCCAAGCUGGCGGAGCGGGAGGCCAACGCCAAUCAGACCAGGAAGAAGGUCCAGGGGCCGGAGGAGAAGAGGGGGCGAUUCGGGUGGGCAAAGUCUCGGCGUAAGAGACAGCGAUAUGUGGAGAAGAACGGCCGCUGCAACGUGCAGCACGGCAACAUGCAGGAGACUUACCGCUACCUGACCGACAUCUUCACCACGCUGGUGGACCUCAACUGGCGCUGCUCGCUCUUCGUCUUCGUCAUGGCCUACGCUGUCACAUGGCUCUUCUUCGGGGCCAUCUGGUACCUCAUAGCCUACUGUCGGGGUGAUCUGGACCAUCUGGAGGAUGAGAACUGGACGCCAUGCGUCAACAAUGUCAAUGGCUUCAUCUCGGCCUUCCUCUUCUCCAUCGAGACCGAGACCACCAUUGGCUAUGGCCACCGCGUCAUCACAGACCAGUGUCCAGUGGGCACCAUGCUGCUGCUGCUACAAGCUAUACUGGGCUCGAUGGUCAACGCCUUCAUGGUCGGCUGUAUGUUCGUGAAGAUCUCACAGCCCAAUAAACGGGCAGAGACGCUGGUGUUCUCCAAACAUGCCGUCAUCUCUCUGAGAGACGACAAGCUCUGUCUGAUGUUCAGGGUGGGUGACCUGCGGAGCUCCCAUAUUGUAGGGGCCAACAUGAGGGCCAAGCUCAUCAGGUCAAAACAGACUCAGGAGGGUGAGUUCAUCCCGCUGGACCAGACAGACAUCAGCGUGGGCUUUGAGACAGGUGAUGAUCGCCUCUUCCUGGUUUCGCCGUUGGUGAUCUCCCACGAGAUUGACGCACAUUCGCCCUUCUGGGACAUGUCACAGGCUCAGCUGGAGAAGGAGGACUUUGAGAUCGUUGUCAUCCUGGAAGGAAUGGUGGAGGCAACAGGGAUGACUUGCCAGGCAAGGAGCUCCUAUCUAGGGGAGGAGGUGUUGUGGGGUCACCGAUUUAGCCCAAUGAUGUCACUGGCAGAGGGCUUCUUUGACGUUGACUAUGGAGCCUUUCAUCACACAUUUGAGGUGGACACACCCUCCUGCUCAGCACGAGAGCUCUCAUUGGCUGCAGCCAGACUUGACGCUCACCUCUACUGGUCCAUCUCCAGCAGGCUGGAUGAAGAACCCACACUAACAAACCAAGCAUCCAAGCAGCCAGACAGCGGAUCAGCCAACGGCAAAGGAGGGGAGCCGACCUUCAUCGUCGGAGAGAUGACGGACAUCCAGGAGCAAACGGGACUGGGCGAGCUGAACGGCAGCGUCGCCACCGACCAAUCCGAAUCAGAGGCCUAGAACAGAGAAUGUUUACAAAGACCUUCAGUAUAUCACCACCACCCCACAUGUAAUGUUUCCGGAUCUUUUUUUCUUUCAAUGCAAAUGAGUAGUUUCAUGAGGCUCAGUUCUACAGUAUAUGCCAUAUCUUAUGUUACCAUAUGGAAGCAUUUAUUUCUUGAUAUUUCCGUCUUUUGUUUCUAUGUUGAUCUUUGUUACCAGUGUACUGUACGUGUGAUACCUCUUUAAGAUUUGUUGUGUUAGCUCCAGUCACCCUUGCCUAUAUCUACAUUUAAAUGACAAUACUAUGCUUUAGGUCCGGUCAACAAGCGUAUAUCCUGUGGACUGAGGCAGAGUUUUAAACAGAUAGAGAUAAAAAGUAAAAAGGUCACAAGGUGGUUGUCUGUGCAUAUUGUUCACAUUUAAAAUAGGUACAUGUGUGUAGACGCUUUAUUUUCACCCGCACAUGUGUAUCACUAGACGAUGUUGAGGUAUAGACUGAAAUUCUCACCUCAAAUUUCUUUAGAUGCAAGGAUUUUUCUUAGAAUUGUAUUGUACAUCAAUCAGGUGUUAAGAGGGAGGGAAUGUCACACCAGCCCACAGACAAUAUGUGUAUUUGUAUACUCUGCAAGAAACUUUAUUUGGCAACAAGCCGUCUCUUCAUUUGGUGCUAGAAAAAUGCUUCAAAAAUCUAUUUUGCUGACAAAAUACUGGGCAGUGAACGACAAAGCUGGAUUCCUGCCCCAAAUGCAAAAGAUUUCCAAACUUGUAGAAACACAUAGUAUUAUGUUUGUUAGAGGGUCAAUUUGUAAGAUAUGGCCAGAAUUUUUGUUUAAAACACUCAGCGCGAGUGUGAGGAAACAACAGUGCUGAUGUUAUGUCAAAGUUGCCACUGAAGUUAGCAUGCUAACGAGCUAGCCCCAGCCAGUCCUGUCUUGUGAUGCCACUUCGUACCACAAGAGGUGACUGUCUGAUAGGUGCCGUAGUUUCAGCUGGGAGAUAUAAAAGCGGGAAGUUCACUACUUAGUCUGUUAAGUUAACAAAAUCAACUCACAAAUGUCAUUUUUACACCUGUUAUCCUUACUAAAAAGUAAAAUACAACGAUGAAAUGUUUGAAUUCAAUUUUGUCUCUUUAACCAAACUUAGAUAAGCUUGAUCGCUGCCUCAACUCAUCAGAAAACACAUUAUUAUCGACAUUAUCGACAUUCAAUAUAGUCAAAAUGUCGAAGUUGGCAUGCUAACCAGCUAACCCCAGCCGGUCCCUUAUUCUAAUACUGCUUUGUUCCGCAAGAGGUGAUUGUCCAAUAGCCCCUGUAGUUUCAGCUGCGAGAUGUAAAAGCAGCAAGUUUGCUAAUAGGUCAAAGAACAAUAUAAACUCAUAACAUGUCAAGAAAGGUGACAUUUUUACACCUAUUGUACUUCCCUUACUAAAUAGUAAGAUACAGUCAUCCACAAGUUUCUCGCUUUUCGCAAAGUAAGACAUGUUUCACUGUCUUAACUCAUCUUGAAACACACUUCAUCCGAACUGUAUUCAAAAUUGGGUACAAAUGAAAUUAAACUCACCAAAACAGUCUUGGUUUGUCUUUCCACAAUCACCUCUAGUCUGGUUGUUUUCCACUGGCUGCUGAUGUCCAACUCUUGUCACUCCUCCGUCGCUUCAUGCCUGUCCUGUCCGAUCCUGCUGUGUCUUUUCGUCCCUGGAGCCAUAGUCCUGGUUAUAGCUGCUGUAAAUCACCUCAGUGCUGUAUUCCCCUGUCAUAGGGGAUACAGCACAGUAUAUAUAGGGUCACUUAGCUCCAGGGCUAACUGAGCUAUCUGCUAACAGCAGCUAAUCGCUAUAGCCAAAGAUAUGUCAAAGGGUAGCAAGCCCAGUAUAGUAAGCAACAGUAAACGGUCAUGCUGCCACCUAUAGUUUUGGAGCAACCUUUGAAUUCUGGCCAUUUCUUUUAAAUUAUACCUUUAAAAGUCCACCUAACUUGAUAAGCAGUGUUUUGUUGCACUCUUUGAUCAAAGGUGUCAAGCCUGUUCAACCUCUGACCUCACCCAGCAUCACUGUUGUCUACAGUCAGAAAUGUGCUUGGUUGCACCUGUAACCAAACCCAACAGUGAUGUCACCAGGUGCUGGAGUACACCUGUGCAUCACUGCAGCAGGGUGAGAAGUCAAACCACUGGAGGUCAGCAAAAAUAAACAUUUUCAGGAGGUUUCAACUUCCAACACUGACAAGAAUUUGCUGACAUUCCUCACCACACCAUUGUAUUACGGUGUCUAGGGUAAUUAUCUAAAACCUUUACAAUAGAGCAAGGUUAACAUUCGAGUGUGUCUGUGGCUUCGUUUCACAUACCAUGUGUGUAGCACAAGGACUAUCUAUCUUUUGUCCCCCACCGAGUAGAAAUUAAAAGCACAAUAGUGUCUUGCUCAGUUCGACCCAAACUCCUGCUUCUGCUGCUGCGUAUACAUGUGGCCAUUUCUACUUGAUGUUUUUAAUAUUUAAUAUAACACAUCUGUUAGAAUUAAUAAACUGUAGUAUAUUCCAGA